UGUGACGCAGCACGCAGGCGCCGGAGCCGGCGAGAUUAUUUUCUUUCUUUUCUCUUUUUAUUUCUCCGCCGUUUGGUUUCUUUCUCAUUUCCUUCUUUGUGUUUUCUUCCUUUCCCCUCCCCCCCUCUCUCUCUCUCUCUCUCACUCCUCGGAAAGCGAAGCUUGGUUUCCCCAACCCCCUCCCCUCCACCCCCAGUCGCAACGGUCGUUUCGUGGUGUGAGCACCGAACGCGGAGUUCCUGAGGCGUCGGCCUGAGGGCGAGUUGUGAGGCGUUUCAAAAUAACAAAAAAGGAAAAGGGCCUGAAGCAAAAGUUUGGGCACCCUGCAUGGUCAGUACUUAGUAACACUCCCUUUGGAAGCACAGGAGAGAUAACGGCAUGCUUUGACCACAGACAUACUGUACUCAAUCCAGAAAACUUCACAAGUAUCAGCAACAUGAGAUACACAUAUAUCAACGCUGAACAAGUCCCGUUCCAUUGAGAAAUCACUUCUUGACCAGAAAGUUUGCUUUUUAUGUGAUACGGGUUUAGUACAAAAUUACAACAGGCUGCAGCUUCUGGUUUCUACUGUGUUGCACACCCUUAACUAUUUUCCCAUUCUGAAGAUGUCAAAUAGUAAUAAUACUCAAGAAACUCUGGAAAUUAUGAAGGAAUCUGAAAAGAAAUUGGUGGAGGAAUCUUUAAUUAAAAAUAAAUCUGCAUGCCGAACGUCAAGUAAAGAGGAGUUGGAAAAAGAUGGUGAAGACCCAAAUGCACAGCAAGAGUUCCAGCGAAGAACGCAAAACCAUGGGCACUCGAGGAAGCGAUCCAAGUCCAAUUCCAAGUUGAAGUUGGUACGAAGUCUUGCUGUGUGUGAAGAAUCUUCCCACCCAUUUACAUGUGAUGGACCUCAGGAAAUCCAGGACGUUAUCCAACUCCAGUUCACUUGCCCCUCUGAUAAAGAAGAAGAAAGAUCCUCAAGGGAUGGCUCUGAAAAAGAAGACAAGGAAAAGAAAGAGAAAUUGGAGAAAGUACCUAGAAAAAUGUUAUCAAGAGAUUCUAGUCAAGAAUACACGGACUCCACCGGAAUUGAUCUUCAUGAGUUUCUAGUAAAUACACUGAAGAAUAACCCCAGGGACAGGAUGAUGCUGCUAAAAUUAGAACAAGAAAUCCUGGACUUCAUCAGUGAUGAUAAUAAUCAAUACAAGAAAUUUCCUCAGAUGACUUCCUACCACAGAAUGCUGUUACACAGGGUAGCUGCAUACUUUGGAAUGGAUCACAAUGUUGACCAAACUGGGAAAGCUGUUAUAAUCAAUAAAACAAUAAAUACAAGAAUACCAGAGCAGAGGUUUUCAGACCAUAUAAAAGAUGAGAAGAGUAUGGAUUUUCAAAAGAGAUUUAUCUUGAAAAGAGAUGACACAAGUCUAGACAAGGAUGACAACCAGAUGAGAGUCCCUUUGCGCGAUGACCGGAGGAGUAAAUCGAUAGAGGAGAGAGAGGAGGAAUAUCAGCGGGUCAGAGAUCGAAUAUUUGCUCGAGAAUCUUCAUACAAUGGCUACCUACUGGAGAGCAGACUCUCCAAAGAAGGCAGUUCUUCUAUUUUACAAAAAAGGAGGCAGCUUUUUAGAGGGAACCGAGAGUGCCUAAGCAGAGCUUCUAGCAGCCGUCAAAGCAGUACUGAGAAUGAGCUGAAAUCCUCUGAGCCGCGGCCGUGGAGUAGCACAGACUCUGACAGCUCAAACCGCAGUUUGAAGCCACCAGUAACCAAAGCAAGCAGCUUUAGUGGAAUCUCCAUCCUGACUCGAGGGGACAGCCUUGGCAGCAACAAAAGCGUAAACAGGGUCUCCAAAACAGGUUUACCACUUGGGACUCCUGAAUUAAGUUCAUCGGGUUUUGUGCAAGCCUCUGCACAGCAGCCUGGAAGGACUGUCCUAUCAAAUUCUGCACAACAGCAGCAACUGCCACCCACUCCUCAGCAACAGCCAAUGACCAAUCAUAUGAUGUCACAGCCCUUGCCACCUUUGCAGCCCUCUGCACAGCCAAUCCAGUAUUCUGCGACCUCUUGUCCCCAAGUUCUCCUGCCAGUCUCGCCUCCCCAGCAGUACACUAUGCCUGAAGAUCUUGGCAAUCAAUUUGGACAGAUGGCUCUCAGUCCCCAGGGUUCUGCCGAAGCUCCUGAGACUACCUCUGCUGUAUUUCAAACCCCGGUGAUGUCCCAACAGCCUGGCUACAUCAUAGCUUCACCAGGGCAGUCUCUCUCUGCUCCUCCGUAUUCAACAUCAGGACACCCCAGUCCUCAGCAGGUGCUUCAGCCUCAGGGUUACAUACAGCCUCCCCAGCAGAUACCAGUCUCAUAUUAUCCCCCAGGGCAGUACCAAAGUUCCAACCAGCAGUAUCGGCCUCUCUCCCAGGUUCCUUACAACUCUCAGCGCAGUCAACAGCUGCCUCAGCCAGCGCAACAAACAGGUUUACAGGGUGUGAUACCAAACCAGCAGCAGACCUAUCAGGGGAUGAUGGGUGUACAACAACCUCAGACACCAGGCUUGAUGAAUAGUCAGCGAAACAACCUGGGAAAUCAGAUGCAGGGAAUGAUGGUCCAAUACUCAUCUGUUCCAUCGUAUCAGGUGCCAAUGUCCAGUGAUUCUCAAGUAGUUGUACAGCAGACCUACCAGCAGCCCGUCAUGGUACCCGGUCAGUCUGUGCAAGGAACACUGCCUGGUGGAGGAGUGCCAGUAUACUACAGUGUAAUUCCACCAUCCCAGCAAAAUAGCACAAGCCAAUCGGUUGGAUUCCUUCAGCCACCUGGUCCAGAGCAGUACCAGAUGCCUCAAUCUCCCUCUCCUUGUAACCCAGCGCAAAUGCAGCAACAAUAUACAGGUGUACCAGCACCCAGUCAUGGAGUAGUCGUCAUGCAGCUGAGUGUACCUAAUGGCCCUCAACCCUCUCAGCCCCCCUUGUUACCGCAGUGGAACCAGUGCAAAUACUACAGUGUGGAGCAGCGAGGGCAGAAACCCACUGAGCUCUACAACCCUGAUAAUCCCACCCAGGUCAACGCACAACUAAAUAGUCCCCUUAACUCGCCAACCCAAUCUCCAACGCCAUCUCCAGUGACGAAUGUGACAAAUGUCUGUCCUGGUCUAGCACCACUGCCACUUAUUGCCCAGUUUUCCAGACCUGUGGGUCCAGCACAAGGUGAUACUCGUUAUUCUUUACUUGGUCAGCCUUUGCAGUACAACCUUCCAGUAUGUCCACCUCCAGUAAUCCAUGGACAGUGCCAGUAUUCAGCUCAUCAGGGUCCAUGCAGUACGAAACACACUAAACGAGGAAAGAAGCCAACCCUGAAAUCUGCGUCAACUGAUCUUGGCACAGGAGAUGUUGUUGUUGGCCGAAUCUUAGAAGUCACGGAUCUUCCUGAGGGAAUCACUCGCACUGAAGCAGACAAACUUUUCAAUCAACUUUCAAUGUCUGGUGCCAAAAUCCAGUGGCUCAAAGACUCUCAGCAUCACAGCAAUGGUUCUGGGGACUGUAACAGAGUAACAGAGAACUCAAAGAAUGCUGGUGAUCUAGCUGCACUUUAUACUAUUGUUGCUGUGUUUCCCUCAACCAUGGCAGCUCAAAAUGCAACUAUCAGACUGAAUAAUUCGACAAACAGGUUUAAACUGCGAACAGCCAAGAGAAGCUAUGAUCUUCGCAUUCUAGAAAGAGCCAGUUCCCAGUAGCCAAUGGAUAUUUGAAAAUUACUUUUUCUUCUCUCCUUUGAAUGACUGUAUUGGCUUUGUUUUACGUCAGCAUUGUUCCUGUAGUGCAUUGUUUUGUCCAGAUAUCACCUUAGGCAUAAUUAAGGAAAGUUAGUGAUCAGUUGGAAAAAAAAAAGUUUGUUUUUCCCCUAAACUUCCAUUUCACACACCCACACAACCCAUGUGUAUUUUUUCUGUUGUGCAAACGUAUUAGAAGAAGCUUAUUUAAGUGACACAAACAGUUGACUGUGUAUGGUCACGACAAAUUUUAUUUAACCUGUUUUUUUUUUGAUUUUAAUUAUAAAAGUUUGUCUGCCAGUUCAGACUCUCAAUAUCUUCUUUGUUUUAAGCUGUCAUUUAUUUGCAAGGUAGCACUCCUUGUCAGAUAUACUAUUCACAGUACCUAUAAAAAGUAUUCACCACCCCCUCC